AUGACUACCACGCCGGGUGAGAAGGCCGUCCGGCUGAAGUUGAACACCACCGACUGGACCUUAUCACGAGACCACGCAGGAGAUCCGGACCCCGAGGAUUUUCCACUGCCAUUGUUUGGACAAGAGACCGCAGAGUACACUUGGGGAGAACAAAAAGAGGACCAUGGACACGGCGAUGUAGAGGAGCAGCCGCCUUCGAUCAACCUCAACAUCCCGCCCCUUGUCUCCCGCUCCCGUGAUAGUAUGGGCAGUAUGUCGUCUAAUAUGCUGGAGGAACUGAGGAAAAUCAUUAAGGAGGAAGUCGCGCAAGCAGCCCAGGUCGUUCAGCUGAAGAACAGCGAAACCGGGACUCCCGUCGAUACGUUCCGCUUCUCCCCCCUUUCUAGCCAGAACUCGGUCUUUACGCCCUCGUAUCCAAGCCCGCCCUCCUCAGUCAUUGAUGCCUCAAAGCUUUCAUCUCCAAGGAACCGGAGCCCAGAAGCCGCAUAUGCCAAAGUGACGCCAACUCCGUCCAUGGCACCCCCGUCGGCGUAUGCCCCGCCUUCAGUGUCCGAUGCCCAGACUACCCCGCCCGUCAGUCCCCAACAGAGGGCAGUCCGCUUCAGGAAUCGUGGUCCGCCGAUUAUACACUGCCAGACUCGUAUCGAGCAGGAGGCCGUCUCACCUACAGCGCAAGUUCCGGGGGAGAUCGAGAUGAGUAGCGUCGACAAGGCUUGGGGUUUGCUGUUUGAUCCGGAGGGUUUCGGUACGCAGAGGCUCAACUCGGUGCUUCGAGGGUUGGCAAAUUAUAUCAUUACGGAGUUUGGGCCCCCUGAGUCCUUGGUCGUUACCCCUGAGAAGAUGCUUGCGCUGUACACCAAGUACAAGAUUGAGCAGGAGAGAUUUCAGUAUGAAGACAUCUUCCGCUCUCGCUCUAAAGACGCUCUCGAAAGGAUCGAAUUUCUCUACCAAGACCUUGACUGCCAAUAUCACCUCGUCCAAAACACUCCUCGCUCCCACCCCAACGUCCCCGGCCUCACCCCCGUCGGCUUCGCUAAGUGGAUGGUGAGCAAUAUCCUCGCCUAUCCAGACCCCGAAGCUCGGCGCCUCCACGCCAUCAUGUCCUCGUUGCCCAUCAACUCUGAUGGCCCUUUUGUCGACGGCAAGGCGGAGAGACUACCCAAGCAACUGUCUAGGCAUCUUCUCCCCGAGCACCAUGACAAAAAGGUCCGCAAAAUCCUCGACGAGGCGGUCUGGGACUGUCUAGAGGACGCUACCCCGCCUCUGCCAUCCAUUCCACGCGCCCGGCCAAGUUCAUCGGAGAUGAGACCUACGGAGGCGAACACCCACUCUCGGCGUUCAUCCGAUGACAGGAAGCGGCCCGCGAGUCCCAUCCCGCACGCCUUCCCCGCGCCAACUCGGACGCCGGCUCUGUGCCCAGGCAUCGCGAUCUACCGCCCCCGCCGAUGGGUCGACAUUCGAUCCCCCCGCGUCAAAGGAGUCCACCGCCUGUGA